AUGCCGCGAGAGCGCGGCAAGACCAAGAUCGAGCGGAUACGUCGCUACCUUGUCGAAGCCGCUGAUACUAGGUACAACGUCGACGAUCAAGAGGAACCGGACGAUGCGAGGAUCUUCAGCGACACAAAGUCGAUCGGUAGCUUGAGCCAGCACCUCUUCGAGAGCGACGAGGACGAGCGUUACUACGGUACCUGCAACGGCUACGUCUCGCAGCCCGGCAGCAAGUCGAACCUGCUGCUGUGCAGCGAGUGCGAUCAGAAGACGCGUACCUGCACCUACCGACCGCAAACACCUGGCUCCUACGGCGGCAGAUACGUGGAGGAGCGGAUGGACGACCGACUGCAGGAGCCAGGAACCUCUCGUGCCUACAGAAGCCCGGUGAAGCUGUCCUCUCCACGCUCCUACCACGCGGAUCAGGAUCGUGCAGCUCAGACGUCAUCAUCGCCUCGGUCGUACCACGAUGUGGAACAGCCGGCUGCGCCGGUCAUCACGUCACCUCGAUCUUACCGAGGCCAAGAGCAGCAACGGCGCGGGUGGACCGCGAGGGACACGGACGAUCGAGAUCCGUUCGCUUUGCUUAACCUGUGUUUGGAUGGCUUCAGUGUUCCCGGAUGGCUGACUCUCCUCGCGACUCCAUCGCGUGAUUCCGACCGCGACGAGAGCCCGAUCUGCGAGCUCUGCCGUGGUAACGGCUACGUCGUGCACUGCGAGCACUGCGACUUCUCCAGCGAGGGCGACCUGAUCUGCUUCCGGUGCCAGAGCGACGAGGGCUCGUCCAACGGUCAGAUCUGCCCCCGUUGCGAGCGAGAGAGGGCCAGGGUCGCAGGGGCGGCCGCCUCCGCGGCAGGCAGGUCCGGCUCGGUAACGGGCGCCACAUCCUCCAGCGACGAGGGCAAGUACCCGGUGGACGCGGUGGUGAAGAUCCAGGUGAACGACCGGUCGAUCGACGUCGACUCCGAUGAGACCCCCGAGAGUGAAAGCUCGAGCAACCAUCAUCCCCAGAGGGGCGCGAUGGAGAGGCUCGACACCAUCGUCGAGGCGAAGGGCGACACUGCCAGCGAGAACGACGAGGAGAACGGCGGCACGAAGCUCAACGAACCGCAAGUAACCUACCAAUUCCCGACGAAAAUCGACAGCGUCGUCACCUUCGUAGACAGCGUUCCGAGACAGUCGAACCGAAGACUUCGUUCCCGCGCAAUAUAGUGAAGCGGAGAAAAAAAGAAAAAAGAAGGAAGGGAAGAAAAACGAUGCGUUUAGAGACUAUGCAUGAGCGCGAGCAACAGUAGACGUCGUUGAAGGAAAACAAAAA